AUGUGGGGAAGUCUACCCUCUAGCUCCGAGCUUCCAGUGCGUGACUACAACUUGGCUGAGAGCGGCUCUGAACAUGUCCUCACCGUGUACAGGCUCCUGCCAAUCAUCACAAUCGCCAUGCCGCUAAACAAGUCCGCCGUCCUCCUCUUCUCUUGCAAUCCCUUCCCCGCCACGGCAGUGCCGGCGCUGCCGUCUAUAACGUCAUCUCGAGGGGCGCCUCCAAGACACGCCCCAUCGACUACCUCUUCGGCGUAUCAACAAAGACGAUAUGCCACGGUUGACCAUGGCCGUCGAGGCAGCUCCCAUCGUGACCAUGUCCCCGAAUGGCCCAAGACCACUUAUCCAUCCCCCUACGAGAUCUUUGCCAUGAGGACGGACGAUCCAUACACAAAGCAUCGGUUCUACCAACUUGUCAAGCUAUACCAUCCCGACAAGCACAGUCAUACCUCGGACCUUCAUCACAUCCCCCACGCGACUCGCCUCGAACGGUAUCGCCUCAUCGUUGCCGCCAACGACCUCCUCAGCGACCCGUCUAAGCGCCAGCUCUACGAUAACCAUGGGGUGGGCUGGAGCGGCGGUCGCCCACAGACCCUGAACGAGACAGUCCGCAACGCAGAUCGCGCAUGGCGUCACCAGGCCGGCAGCGCUGCCAACAAUGCCACUUGGGAGGACUGGGAGCGCUGGUACGAUGCCCGCGAUGGCAAGCCCAAGGACCCCUUAUACAUGUCCAAUGGCCUCUUUGCCACGCUGGUUGUCGUUAUGUGCAUGAUUGGGGCCUUUGCGCAGAUGAGCAGGGUUGAGCAGUCGGGCGCCGACUACGUGCAGAUGACGAACCAGUCCAACCUCGCCAUCGGGCAACAGGUAGCCCGGAGGACCUCUGUGGCUCAGGGACGGUCAAAGGAUGAAAGGGUAGAUAUGUUCUUGAGGGACCGGGAGAACCUGGCCUACGCCUUUGUGCCGUCAAAGUAUGAUAACGACACGGUGGACCCAGGUUCUGCUACACCAAAGCAAAGCACGCGAGCAAAGGGUGAGGGUGAUGAUGUUUGA